AAUAAUGUCAGUUGUCAGUUGAUGUUUAUUUAUAUUGGAAAGAAGAAGUUGUUUAUUUUGACAAAUUUUGAAUUUUUGAUUAUGAUUUGUUAAAAAAGUUUUAUGGAAAAAGAAAAAGAAAUGUCGCAAUCCUACGCACUCGCUCCUCUAGCAGACCAAUAUAUGGUGGUCGAAGAAAUGGAAGACGAGCACGAUCAAUUAAAGGCAGAAAACACGGACGAUUCGAAUCACGACUACGACAAAUCAGGCGCUCCUCUUCGAGAACAGGACAGAUUCCUUCCCAUAGCAAACGUCGCUAAAAUAAUGAAAAAAGCCAUUCCCGAAACAGGAAAAGUCACUAACAAAAUCGCCAAAGACGCCAGAGAAUGCGUCCAAGAGUGCGUCUCCGAGUUCAUCAGUUUCAUCACGAGCGAGGCCAGCGAACGAUGCCAUUUGGAAAAAAGGAAAACCAUCAACGGAGAGGACAUUUUAGUCGCUAUGAACACAUUAGGCUUCGACAACUACAUAGAACCUUUGAAAAUAUAUUUACAAAAGUACCGAGAAGCCGCCAAAAGCGAUAGGAUUCCUCACGGAGACGAAGCUUUUGAAGAGAUGCCCGAAGAAUCAUUCAGUACGUCUGGGAAUAGCGCAGAAAAUGGUAAUACUGAAACUGUUUUGUACACCUACCAGGACAAUAGCACCAUUCAACAGUUUCAAUUAGGCUAACAAUAUUCCUGUUUUUUUUUAGUUUAGUUGUUUGAAUACAUUUUAUAAUUCGAAUUGUAUAGGUACUAAGUAGAAGUUUAUUCGUA